GAUUUCACACGUGUCACCAUCCACUUUAACGGCGGAAAUCCCUCCUUCCUUUCCCCCUUUCAAAAUCACAUACACACAAACGCGCACCUUUACAUAUAGCUUCCCCUCUGUAUCUAUCGUUUUAUACAUUCUCUCAAACGUCAAUAAUUGAACCUAGAUUCGGUUCAAUCACCCGAUUCGUUGUAAUUUUUUCAUGAAAACAAUCUCUGUUGGUUGGAAUCAGGAGGCAGGGGUUCAAUUUUCGAUUGCUCGAUUUCUUUGUGUGCUGAUUAAUUUCUAGGGUGUAAAUUAUUGUGAGUGUGCGAUGGGGGGGAUGACGUCGUCGAUGGCGGCGAAGUUUGCGUUUUUUCCUCCGAAUCCGCCGUCGUACCGGAUGGUGGCGGAGGAGACGGGGAAGCUUAAGAUGACGGAGGUGGCGAACCACGAUAACGUCGAUGUUUUGAAAGUGAAGACGAAGAGGGGGACGGAGAUCGUGGCGGUGUACGUGAAGAAUCCCUCGGCGAAGCUGACGCUGCUGUACUCGCACGGGAACGCUGCUGAUCUAGGGCAGAUGUAUGAUCUCUUCAGUGAACUCAGCUUCCACCUCCGAGUCAACUUGAUGGGGUAUGACUAUUCCGGAUAUGGACAAUCCACAGGAAAGCCAAGUGAGCAGAAUACUUAUGCAGACAUUGAAGCUGCAUAUGAGUGCCUGAAAGAAACUUAUGGGGUAAAAGAGGAAGAUGUAAUAUUGUAUGGACAGUCGGUAGGGAGUGGUCCUACUUUGGAUCUUUCAUCACGUUUGUCCAGGUUAAGGGCUGUGGUUCUUCACAGCCCAAUCCUGUCAGGACUUAGAGUUAUGUAUCCUGUUAAACGCACAUACUGGUUUGACAUUUAUAAGAAUAUUGACAAAAUCCCAUUGGUCCAGUGCCCAGUGCUGGUUAUUCAUGGCACUGAAGAUGAUGUGGUAGAUUGCUCUCAUGGUAAGCAGCUCUGGGAGCUGUGCAAAGAGAAGUACGAGCCAUUAUGGGUUAAAGGGGGCAAUCACUGUGACCUGGAGCUUUACCCAGAAUACAUAAAGCAUUUGAAGAAAUUCAUAUUAGCUGUUGAGAAAUCAGCGCAUCUGAGAAGUGGAUCUGUAGAAUCUGUGGAUCAAAUGGACACACAAAAAGGUAUAGAUUCCCGACCCAGACAAAGCACAGAUCAUAGGGAAAAGUCUAGAUCAAGCACAGAUCAUAGAGAAAAGCCUAGGGAAAGUAUAGACCAAAAGGAGAAAUCCAGAGCCAGUGUUGACAAGAGAGAAAGAUCAAGAAAGAGUACGGAGUUAGCAGAAAAGCCCAGUAAUAUUGCUGAGCAGCCAGAGAAAGCUAGGAACAGCAUAGAUCGGUUGGCCUCAACUUAGAUAUCUGAAAUUCCUUCACUGUAUAUCUUCGGAGAGAUGAUGAGAUCAGCUGUUUUGUGCAAUAUCGACUGUUUCAAGCCUGUGGGGACAAAGGUCUGACGAUGGAGGGGAGGUCAGUUGAAAUAGCUCAGACCUUUUUUUUAUUCUUUCCUUUGGGUUAGUAUUUAGAUUUUCCAGGCGGCGAGUAAUCUUAACAUUUCAUUGGUUAUCAGUUUCAUGUUUUGAACACCUUCAAGUUGCAGAUAAUGUAUUUUCAUUGCCAUCGUACACAUAUCCAUUUGUUUCUAACGAGCUUAAUUCAUAUUGAAAACUCUUUCCCUCCAUGACAAAGAAGCUGAUGAUUACAACAGGUCGCACAUCCAAAUGAAAUAAUACCUUGUUUUUUGUCAAUAGAUACUGGUUGAAUUGGGCAUAUGUUGAAGGACAAAGAUGUCCAACACUGUAUGGUUUACCAGUCUCUUGUAGUUUCGGCUCUAGAUUGGUGGAAGUGGUUUAUGGAGGAAGUUUCAUAAUUUUCCAAUUCUGACUUCUAGCACCAAUGAUAUGGUUAGAAGAAGCAUAGCCACUUAAUUUAGUAAUUUUGGAAUUGUUAUUUGUUAUUACCAGAUACAGAGCGACAGAGAAUGAUACAUGGGGCAUUGGCUUGCCUUGUCCCAAUAGAAAACUCCUGGGCUGGUUCAUUUGGAUCAAGGUUUUGAAAUGGGAAACGGAUAUGUAGAUGAUAACUUUGCUUAGGGAAGGAAGCUGCUGUCCUUGUAGUAGAUUGCUUGGUAUACCAUGUUACAACUUCGACUUUCUAAUGAUUCUGCCUCAAUAUUUUGCGGCUUCAGUUAUGUCGACUAUCAUGGCAUCGAAUUAGUGCAUUUUUUAGUUUGCAAAGUCCUAAUUGAUAUGUUGCUUUAUGUAAUGGUGUAAACCUGAACUAUUUUGAAGUGAAUUAUUUUUGGUUUCA